GUUCAUUCAUAAAAAUUCUCGCAGAGCACAAAAGGAGGGGCGUGCAUUCUAGUCGAGCAGUUGCCAGGUACAUACCUGGAGGAAAGACCCGCGGAGGGCCGGAGGUUGUCAUUCAUCGGGACAUCUAUUGUUCGGUGCUCUGUUUGCUUGUGUCUUUGUGUUUUAUUCCUUUAUCCUCCAUCCUUUUUUUCUUUUCUUUUUUCCUGAAAACCUGAUGAUGUUCCACAUCAACCUGACGCCUGACAUGGACUCAGUCUCUGCCACACGCCGGACUGAGUCUCCUGUCGGGACACUGUGUCAGAGGAAGACGCCAGAGGAGGAGGCGAGCUCUCCAUCCUCCACCAUCUCCUCCUCCUCCUCCUCACCAUCAUCAUCACCAGACAGCAAUGCAAAGGAGCUUUGCCAGAAUGUGAGCAUCCAAGACGCUCCAUUUGUGCCCACAGUCACCGCAAUUUCCUCCACACCAGAUUUCCAGUGGAUGGUCCAGCCCACGAUCAUUACAUCCGUCUCACCAUCCCUGGGAAGCAAACAAGCCAAUGAGCUGCAAGGCACUCAUAAGAAAACACCCAAAACCGGAGGGAAUAAGGGGAAAAAUGCUGCAAGGAAGAACAAAGCUGAGCAGCUCUCUCCGGAGGAGGAGGAGAAAAAGAGGGUGAGGAGGGAGAGGAAUAAAAUGGCUGCAGCGAAGUGUCGCAACAGACGGAGGGAGCUGACAGAUACACUGCAAGCUGAGACAGACAAGCUGGAGGAGGAAAAAUCAGCCCUGGAGACAGAAAUAGCCAACCUCCUCAAAGAGAAGGAGCGCCUGGAAUUCAUCCUCACAACACAUAAGCCGACGUGCCAGAUGUCAGACGAUUUGGAGGCAAUCUUCCAGGAGUCCUCUUCAGCGUCCCUGGAGCUACCGUCCAGCCCAGGUGAAGUCAAACUUCCCGAGGAUGGCACCCAGGAAGCUCCUUCACUCCAAGACAUGGACAUUCCCAGUGAUCCGUCCACAGCCAUCUCCGGGAACUCCAACAUCCUGCUGUGUGCCAGCGCUGAGAUCAACAUCUGCGAUUUGGAGCCCUCCCUGGACAUGAAGGAGGGGCUGCUGGACAGCAUGUUACCCAGUUUAGAGGAGAAGAUGCCCAUGGAGACGGCACGCUCUGUGCCAGACAUAGAUCUCAGCAGCUCUCUGGGGGUCUCCGACUGGGAGACCCUGUACAAAUCGGUCUCCAGCGACCUGGAGCCUCUCAGCACUCCCGUGGUGACGUCCACCCCCACCUGCAGCAGCUACCUGUCUGUCUUUACGUUUGCCUGUCCCGAGCUGGACUCUGUCUCUGAUGGACUGGACGGCCAUAAAGGUGGAGGUGGCAAAGCUGAAUCUGUGGAUAUCCUCAACUCUCCAACUCUCCUGGCCUUAUAAUCCUCCCCCCGGCAGAGGCGGUUCUCCUCUCUGGUCUCAGUGGCUCGUCUGUUUGCAGGUUCCUGACGUGAUCUCAGCGUAUGCCACAGUAUGCUGUAACAGUCAAUCAGAGGAAGUCUGGUGUAUGACUAAGCUAAGCAUAUGAACUCUCUCCAGAUGGCCCAGCAAAACACAGAGGUGUAGCUGAAAGCAUGGCUCAUAUAAUCUGGAAGGACCGAAGUAAGUUUGGUUGUUGUUGUUUUUUUUUCUUUCUUUUUUUUCUUUUUUUAAAAAAAGCAUGCAGAAGAAUUAAAAAAAAAAAAAAAGCUCAUAUACCUUGUAUCUGAUCUGUUCCUCGAUCUGAAAUGUAAUGUGGAACUCGAUGUCACGGUAUGGUUCUGUGCUUUUGGUGUCAAUGGUGUAUUGAUUGCUGUAAAUGUUGUAUUUACACACAGUAUCCAUCCAUGUUGAGUACCUGCAUACCUCAGUAUGUCAAUAGUUGUGGUUCCACCUCAUUGUUAAAAUGUUGACAGUUUUCCAUGAAAACAUC